CAAAUCCAAAAAAUACCCAAAAUUUAAAGAUUAUAGAUUCUCAUUAUAUUUUAUUCAUCCACGCCAAGAACAUCUUUUUACUUCUGCUUCCUAUUCAUCCUUUUAUUUAUUCCAAACCCAAUUCCUCUUCCAAUUAGAUCUGCAUAUUUCAUUCUUCCUAUUCUUCAAUUUUUGCUCAACUCGUGUUCAAGUUAAUAGUUAUCAUCAUGGAAGGUUUUGUUGUGAGAAGGGUUAUUCCUUCUGAUAACAGUUGUCUAUUUAAUGCAGUUGGAUAUGUUAUGGAUCGUGAUCAAACCAAAGCUGCUGAAUUGAGACAGGUUAUAGCUGCAACAGUAGCAAGUGAUCCCGAGAAAUAUUCUGAAGCAUUUCUUGGGAAGCCAAAUCCAGAGUAUUGUAACUGGAUUCUUGACCCAGAGAAGUGGGGAGGUGCAAUUGAACUUUCAAUAUUAGCAGAUUAUUAUGGACGUGAGAUUGCGGCAUAUGAUAUUCAGACAACGCGGUGCGAUUUGUAUGGUCAGGAAGGUAACUAUUCUGAAAGGGUGAUGCUGAUUUAUGAUGGUCUCCACUACGAUGCUUUAGCUAUGUCUCCUGUCGAAGAAGCUCCUGAGGAUUUUGAUCAGACCAUAUUUGCGAUACAAAAAAAUAGAAGCAUUGGACCUGUCGAGGAGAUUGCUCUAAAUUUUAUUAAAGACCAACAUAGGAAACGGAGAUUCACCGACACUGCCAACUUCACUCUGCGCUGUGGCGUAUGCCAAAUUGGAGUUAUUGGUCAGAAGGAAGCAGCGGAGCACGCUCAAGCAACCGGUCAUGUUAACUUUCAAGAAUUUAGAUGAUACACUGUGAAGCAAUAACUUAUAUGUGGAAUCUUUGUUGAGUUGAAUGAGUGUUAUUGUUGUUGAAAGCUUUUUGCAACCUUCCAUUUUACUAUCACAAGUGAUUAUUAUGCAUUUAAACUGAAUAAUCUGCAUGCCUUGGAAUUGUUGUGGCAAGUUGUUGUGUUGUAACUUGUAAUAAUAGUUCCUUUCAUUGUUCUCAAUCUCAAUAGAUAAUCGAAAUUUUUUAUUCACUA